GGGUCGGCUAUCGAUAGACGUGCUAUCUCUUAAAAAAGUUUGCGAUUUUUCGCUGCGCGCGUGCACUUUUUAAUAAUCUCCCGUGUAAAUCAGAUAUCGCAGCGCUUUUUCUCUCGUGUGCAUUUCAAACGCGCUUCGCCAACACAAAAAAAAAAACAAAGCUAUACGCUUAAUUCGUCGAGAGUGAAAACGAAAAGAAUUUCAAGCAAAAGCAAAGCGAAAAAGCUAAGAGCGCGAGGAAUAACAGCCAGUGCGGGGAAUCCCAGGAACAGGACAAAAGCAAAGGCAAGGAGCAACACCAGGUGGUGGUGGAGCAGAAGCUGGCGCGUCUGGGGCAGUGACACGUGAUCAGGUGGGAAGCCAGCCAGAAACGAAUCUCCGGAGUCAGCAGUCGAGGACGCAGGCGGGGCAGUCGGAGGAUCGGGCAAACAUGUCUUCGCCGGCGGCGCAGAGCAACAGCAGCAGCAGCCAGUCGCAGUCCGCAGCCCAGCAGCAGCAGCAGCAGCAGAAUCAAAAGGCCAAUGUCAACAACACACACGACAACAAGAAUGCCUCGGCGACGACGGGGACAGCAGGUGGAUCGGGAUCGGGAUCGGUGGGAUCGGGAACCGGUGGAUCCUCGGCGGCGGGCACACAACAGCAGGGGCAGGGCGGAACCUCGAGCGGACCAACGAGUCCCACUAAGCGCAGCACAAUAUCGACAAAGGAGCGUGUGAUCGACAGCGUGGCAUUUCCGCCGAGCCGCAAACUCACCUGCGCGGAUGUGUUCGACGCGCGGACCGGAAAGCCGCAGCACGAUGUCCUCAAGCAGCACUUUAUCCUGGAGGGCAGGAUCGAGGAGAGCGCCGCCCUGCGCAUCAUCCAGGAGGGCGCCACGCUGCUGCGCACGGAAAAGACGAUGAUCGACAUUGAGGCGCCGGUGACGGUGUGCGGUGAUAUCCACGGCCAGUUCUACGACCUGAUGAAGCUAUUUGAGAUCGGCGGCUCGCCGGCGACCACCAAGUAUCUGUUCCUGGGCGACUACGUCGAUCGGGGCUACUUCAGCAUCGAGUGCGUCCUGUAUUUGUGGUCGCUGAAGAUCACCUAUCCGCAGACGCUGUUCCUGCUGCGCGGCAACCACGAGUGCCGGCAUUUGACCGAGUACUUCACCUUCAAGCAGGAGUGCAAGAUCAAGUACUCGGAGCGCGUGUACGACGCCUGCAUGGACGCAUUCGACUGCCUGCCGCUGGCGGCGCUCAUGAACCAGCAGUUCCUGUGCGUGCACGGCGGCCUGUCGCCCGAGAUACACGAGCUGGAGGACAUACGGCGGCUCGACCGCUUCAAGGAGCCGCCCGCCUUCGGCCCCAUGUGCGACCUGCUGUGGUCGGACCCGCUGGAGGACUUCGGCAACGAGAAGAACUCGGACUUCUACACGCACAACUCCGUGCGCGGCUGCUCGUACUUCUACAGCUACGCCGCCUGCUGCGACUUCCUGCAGAACAACAACCUGCUGUCGAUCAUCCGGGCGCACGAGGCGCAGGACGCCGGCUACCGCAUGUACCGCAAGAGCCAGACCACCGGCUUCCCCUCGCUUAUCACCAUUUUCUCGGCGCCCAACUAUCUCGAUGUGUACAACAACAAGGCGGCGGUGCUGAAGUACGAGAACAACGUGAUGAACAUCCGGCAGUUCAACUGCUCGCCGCACCCCUACUGGCUGCCCAACUUCAUGGACGUGUUCACCUGGUCGCUGCCUUUCGUGGGGGAGAAGGUCACCGAGAUGCUGGUGAACGUGCUGAACAUCUGCUCCGACGACGAGCUCAUGACCGAGGAGAGCGAGGAGCCGCUCUCGGACGACGAGGCGGCGCUGCGCAAGGAGGUGAUCCGCAACAAGAUCCGUGCCAUCGGCAAGAUGGCGCGCGUCUUCUCCGUGCUGCGCGAGGAGUCCGAGUCGGUGCUGCAGCUGAAGGGCCUGACGCCCACGGGCGCCCUGCCCCUCGGCGCCCUCUCCGGCGGCAAGCAGUCGCUCAAGAACGCCAUGCAGGGCUUCUCGCCCAACCACAAGAUUACCUCGUUCGCGGAGGCCAAGGGCCUGGAUGCCGUCAACGAACGGAUGCCGCCGCGGCGGGAUGCCACGCCCUCGCCGGCGGAGGAGGGCCAGAAAUCACUGUCAGCCGCGGCAGCAGCAGCGGCAAAUGCAAAUGCGAAUUCAAUCAAUGGAUAAUUCUAAGUCAGUUAGCAACAGCUGCAGCCACAGCUACAGCUAAAUAACAAGUCAAGUUAGUCAGUCGGAUCGAUGGAUCGUUGGGUCUUCUGUGGAUCUAUGGAUCCAUGGGAUCGGAGGAGCGGAGGAUGAGGAGCAGCAAAGUCAGUUAGUAGCGAACGGUGGAGGGAGUCAGCAAGCAGUUCGGAACGGAAGAAUAGUCUCAAGUUCGGCUCAAAGGAGAUAUAAACUGGGCAUACAGACAUACAACACAGCUAAGUGAAAGAUCAUAUACGGAAGUCGAAAUUGAUCAAGGAUAGUAAGGAUCAGAAGCAGAGACACCACAACAACAACAAAAACAACAACAACACAGCAAGCGUUAACGAGUACUUAUUGGUAUUAAAAGCAAACAAUUGAAAGUAACCAUGCGAAAAACCCCUAAAAUGGAAACUAAUUAUAAAGUUGAAAGAUUAUAGAAUUAUAUAUAUAUAUAUAUAUAUAUAUACAUAUAUAUAUCAAAAUUUUGUGCAACGUUAUAUCAAAAGAGCAAAUGUAAAAGCUAAGCAACAAUGGUUAAAAGCGCGCAUGCGCGUCGGGCUUUCGGCGAGCAGUUGAUAAGAAGAAGUAGACAGAUGAAGUUGCAAGUUGCAAGUUGCGCGCAUUCCCCCAUUUAAAAGAAACAAGAACAAAAAUUAUUAAAAGCAUAAUAGGUAAUUUAAAUUAUUUGCUAAAAAAUUGUAAAACGAAUCGAAAACCAACUCUCUCAUCUCUGUAAAGUCAAACCAAACGAAGUGACAAAAGCAAAAGAUAACUAAACCUAGCAUCUAAACUGAAACUAAAGCUAAAGGAAAUUCUACUAUUUUCGUUGUGUGGCGUCUGCGGCGACUUCUUCUUAAAAAAAACCAAAAAAAAAAAAGAAAUGAAAGAAUGAAACAACUUCCUACAACAACAACAACAACAGCAGCAACAAUAUUUUACUACAAUAUUUUAAUACAAGAACAAAAACGACUGAAUCUCUCUCUAUCUAUCUAACUAUCCGACUCUUUCUCUCUCGCACACACAACAUCAACACACCAUACACCACACACCAUACACAUACACCAACCAACAAGCGGGGCAAUGAUCCAACUCAAAGUUGAUCGUGCCUCGCCGAUCGCUUAUCGGUAAUCGUUUAUCGUCGCCAUUGUCGCCUCACACUCUCUCAUCUGGUGAUUGUGUAUGUGGUCUUUAUAUACGUGCCAUCUUUGUCGUAGUCAUUAGCUGAAUAUAUAAUUAAUACAUUUGCAUGGGCCGCAGCGAUGCAGGCGCCAGUGCUGUGCCACCCCACCACCCACCUCCAGCCUGCCACCAAUCGAAAUAAUCGAAAUGAUCGAAAUAAUCGAAUCUCAAGGAGCGUCGAUAGGCUGAACCCGUUCUUUCCCCUUGCCUCCCCGUUCCCCAACCGCAUUUGCGCCUGCCUCGUCGUCGUCGUGUGCAAAUCCUUUUUAUACUUAAUGGAAUUUUUGUUACUUUUUAAAGUCAAAGAGAAGAAUAAUAUGAUGAAGAGGAGAAAUCAAAGGGGGAUAUGAACAGAGCAGAACAGAAGCCUAACUGAAAAAGAAGAUGUAAUUAACGUGUGCAAAGGGAAUUUUGUUAUAUCUUAAAUUUUUUAUAUUUCUUGUUAUCUUUUUUAUAAUUUGUAUUUAUUGUAAACUAUUUAUAUAUAUAUAUACACACACAAUCAGCAAAACACAUAAUAUAAAUACAUAAAUAUAUAUUUAUAAACUAAAUUGUUGUUUCUUCUUCAUUAUUGUUUACUACACAUUUUUCUAUAAGCGUUAAGUAAUUUAAUUAAAUGAAUUUAAUAAAAUGAAAAAUUAAAUAAACAAAAAACCGCCUACUGCCAAACAGGGCAAGGCAAAACGUUUUCUUAAACAAAAAUAAUUAUAUUCUACAAUAAGAAGUAAGGAAAAAUCAUUAACAACAACAAAAAACCAAAACCGAACUAUGUGAAUUAACUAUUAAGUUUAAAUUAUACAACAACAAGAUGAUUAAACCAAAUAACGUUUACAACCAUUAACAAAAGAAAUAUGUUGAAACCAAAAAAGCAAAGAAUUGUGCAGCAUGCAAAAACACAAAAAAAAAAAACAAAAACAAUUUUUCAAAUUCGACAAGACAACAAACAAACCCAAUUUAAAGUUAAAAGAAAAUGUAAUACAAAAUGCAAACUUAUAGCAAUUUGAAGUACUUUAUAAACAAAUAUACAUACAUACGCCUAAGAGAACGUAUAUACACAUAUAUAUACAUAUAUAUAUAUAUAUAUUUGAAAUAGUUAAGGGUCGAAGUUGGUACUAAGAUUAUACGCACGGGAUUUUUUUUGGAAAUAAAAAUGUAUCGCUGCUCCACUUCUGUGGAUGACAACGAUUGGUUCUCAAUUUGCAAAGGUUUUAGUCAGUAAUAGCUUUUGUGACUUACUAAUGUGCAAUUGAAAAAGUUACUAUGAUUAUUGGGCAAUAAUUGGUUAUCGAUAAAUUUGUAUUGGCCAAAAAAGGCGUGCGUAUAAACUAAGUAUGAGACGAAAAGAGAAGGAGAUAAAGAGCGAGCGGCAGCUAAUCGAAAAACCAAGACAAAAAACAGAAAAAGUGAAAUGGAAAAGUGCAGCAGCAAUCAGAAGUGCAGUAAAAGUCGAUGACAAAUUUGAAUUAAGUUGAUAUGCACCCAUUAAUACACAAACACACAGACGCAGCAUGCUUUUGGGGAGCGAGAGGGAUGGAAAGCAUGCUUGGCAAGCAGUCGACAAGCAGUUCGGGCACCCCAAGCACAGUGGACCUGAUCGCUUCGUUUUCUUGCCACUUUCCACCAUCCGCUCCCGCUUCUUCCUUGCGUGUUUUUUGCCUUUGCGCGCGUGCCCAUGCGCAGCAGCAGCUACGUCAUCAAGCAGUUAAUGGUUACAGAUGAUUUACAUUUAUAUAUAUUUACAUAUAUAUAUAUAUAUAUCCAUAUACAAUAUAAACCGAUCUAAAGUUAAGCGUUUCAAACACAGACACAACAAUUUACAAGACGUUUAUGCAUUUCGAUUCAAUGAAAAACCAAGAAUACGAAUAAUACAAAUAUUAUAAACAAUAAUUACAGCCAAUAAAGGAUUACAGCAAA